GUUUCAUCCGCAGAGCGAAUCGACCUUUGUUUUGUUUCCCUUGAUAUUUCUGCGAUCACUCAUUUCUCUUUCUCUCUCUCAACAAAAAUUUUCCUACGACCAGCCACAUAAAAAUGAAGGUGUCUUGGAUAUUCAUUGCUGCUCUUGUUUCUCACCUUGCUGUGAGGUGUACGUCAGCACAGUCGCCCAGUCAAAGAGAAGAUGCCAUGGGAAAGUAUUUUGUAAUGAGCAGGUAUCAGUGUGAGCUACUUUGCUGGUACCGGAAGCUGUGCAAGACCUACUCUUACAUGUACGACAGCGUGCAAGCCCUUGAUGGUAAUUGUGUUCUGCACGCUGCCAAUAUCACCACAAAUACAACCAACAUGGUGCCCACAGGUUGGAUUGAACGAGAAGCGACAUCCAACCCCACGACCCAAAGUACUACUUGUCGUAGCCGCCCUUGCGAAGACACGGAGAUGUGUUUUCCCACCUACACGUCACCUUUCUACACCUGCCAUCCGGUCGUUGCAGAAUGCCAAGCUCCAUCACAAACUGACGGUAUCUACAGCAAUGUGACACUACUCCAGGGUCAAAGGACAAACUUCACGUGCAACUCGUCUCUCGUAUGGGUUCCUCGUCACGCCGACAAGACGGUCACGUGUCAAGUCACCGGCAAGUACAGCGAGCUGAAAGGGACGUGUGUAAACACCACCUACUACUCACCAAGUGUUCCAUUCAACAAGCCGCUGCCAGAUGUCAUGGGAGGGUGGGAGGCCUGCAUCAAGGGCAUUUUUAUUGGCAGUCAAAGAAUGAGCUUCAACUUUCACGACAGACAGGAUGCUUCCUGUGAUUCCAGUCCUGCUGGUGGUGGAAACAUUUACCUUCUUCUUGACUUUCGUUACAACUUUGUGGAAAUACAUCAAUUAUUAUACUUAACCGCUCUGAAUAGCUGUCACUGGUGGUAUGGUGGUUUAAUAGGAAAUCUUCCUCUACACCCCAACGACUACUUUGAAAUUACUCUGAGAAUCUUGUUCAACAACACAAUGCAGAUUAUCUACACAAAUCUCACAACCCAACAAGUCGACCUGGUGUCAAACAACAUCAACUUGACAAACGCCACGUACUUGGAGAUUCUACGUGGUGUCAGUCUUUCCUACGUGGACCUCAGCAGAGGAUGUGACUAGCUCUACAUAGACAGCAACCAAUGGGAAGCUGGUGCAUGGAAACAACUGUGAAAGCUGUCUCCACAUUUUCUGUAUCGGUAGUUGUUAGAGAUUUAUACAAGGUGUACUAAUUAUACUUUCUGUGUGUUUCUUUUGUAAUACUAUUUCCCUUUAAAGCACGUUUAUAGAAUUAUACUUAGUCACUGUUUCACCAUAGCAUCACUACUUUAUCUUUCCGUUUAAAAUAGAUGUUUUCAAGCUCCACGUAUCCAAAGGUCAAGAGUGAUUCAGUAACAGACGUGAUCUUACAAAUAAUGUCAUCGAACAUCUGUUAGAAGCUCAUGAUGUCUCUGUAUGUUUCAAAUAUUACUCUCAGUAGAUUAAUGAAGUCUAAUAAAGAUUUAUUCUCGUGUUAUUUCUGUAUUAGUACUUGGACUAUUGUGCUUGAUGAAAAUGAAUAUGCGUGCGUGUAUAUGCCAUACACAAUAGCGCGCGCACAUACACACACAGAAACAAACACGCAUUCUUAUGUGUAUAAAUAUACCCGCUCACGGCCGCGCACAAUAAUGGGCAUUAGACUUGUAUUUAAAAUUACAUUUCUAUAAAUCAUAUAAAUAUGCAUAAACAAUUAGCUUUUUCAAAUGGUUUUAUUUAGACAGAAAGCGGAGAUAUUUUUUUGAAUGUUUGCUGUUUGCAUGACAUGUCUCUUCCACUCACUCACGUGUAGCUUGUCGUCUGUAUGUCUCUGUCUCUCUCUCUUUUUUAGCCCACACCCAGCAAUAAACAGACACACAAAGAGAGUACUCAGUUCUCCUAGCAACAGCUGUAGCUAUAAAUGAAACAGGUGUGGUAUGGUCCAUGAUCAACAAUUCUUUAUUGACAAUUCUUUAUUAACACCAUAAUAAGUAAGAAACCUGUAGCACUGUAAUAAUAACUUUUUUCCUCUAAAAGGUAUAUAAAUUUAAGAAUUGUGUAAAACUGAUGUUAUGUUUUUUUUGGUGAAAUUAGUAGGGAUUAGGAUGUGUAGUCUCUAGGGAAUGUCAGUGGUAGCUGACAUUGUAAUAGUUGUAUGCUCAAUGGCAUGGGAAAUGUCUGUC